ACAGAUGCUGGGAGAGGAAAGUACGGGCAGGCGCGCACAGUGGAGGGACAGAGAGAAGGAAAGACAGAGAAAGGUUAGGAAGUUGAUGUGUUUUAGCACUUUUUUCCUGUGCUGUAAAGCCACAGAGGAGGCUCAGAUCCAGCUGUGGUCAGAGGUGUGUGCAGAGUGAAGUUCAGAGUCCCGGUUAUCAGGAUGGCUGUGUGGAUGUUGAUGAGCUGCGUGCUGGGGCUGCUGGUUGGUCAGGAGCUGCGGUCACGGCCACAGACCUUCCAGAGAUCUUGGGGAACCUCCAAGCCAACUUAAUGAGGAACACCAGGGGCCGCUGCAGACACAUGCCCCAGGUUGCCCCUCUGAGCUGGGGCUACGACCUGGAGCGCGCCCACCCUUCAUCCGUCUACAGGUACGACUACGUGCUGGCAGCCGAUGUGGUCUACCAUCACGACUUCCUGGACGAGCUCUUGGUCACCAUGAAGCAUUUCUGCAAACCAGGAACAAAGCUGAUCUGGGCCAACCAGGUCCGGUUAGAAUCCGAUCUGGUGUUCACGGAGAACUUUAAGAAAGCCUUCCACACAAGUCUACUUGCUGAGGAGGGGGAGAUGAAGAUCUACAUGGCAACGAGCAGGGAAGGAGACGGAGGUGACAGGAAUAGACCGAGCAUGCCCACAGGAUGCCGGCUAAAAGCCUGAGGGUUAAGGGACUUAAUGUUGGACCAUCUGUUUGUUUUUUGCUAUUGUAAUUGGACGCCCACUGACUUGCUCCAACAUUGGGAGACAUGGAAGAAGAGCUCGGUUUUGCAAAAAUGUCUCCUGCCUUUUUCCAGUAUGGACAACAGCCAUGUGUUUAAGUCCAUAUUUCUUGGUUUCACUCAUUAUUAGAAAAGUUGUUUUUUUGCGUGGGUGUAAGAGUUUAGAGUCAUCUCGACAUCUGUGACGCACUUAUUUUGUCCCAUGACUAAAUGUAGCAAUGAGGCUUUUUGUGCUGGAAAAAAACGUUUAGAACUGCAUCAUUGAAAUGUUAAUUUAUAAUUAUUCAGAAAAAUAUAUAUUAAAAAAAUCUAUUUGGA